UAUAUGGUGAGAGUGUUCCUGUAUAUUUAACGUAGUGGAAGAAAACAUAAGAGAGUGUUAUUUGCGAGAAAGAAAGAAAAGAGAAGCACAAAAAUGGGGUCUGAAGCUGCCAUACACGUCUUGCUGAUUUCGUUUCCAGCACAGGGACACAUAAACCCUCUCCUGAGGCUAGGAAAGUGCCUCGCCGCCAGGGGCUUAUUCGUCACUUUCUCCACCACCGAGGACGCCGGCAGGGACAUCAGAAACGCCAACAACAUCGCCGAGAAGUUCGUUGCUCCGGUCGGCGAUGGUUUCCUCAAAUUCGAGUUCUUCGACGAUGGCUUACAGGACGACGAUCCCAUCAGGAAGAAUCUGGGGGAUCACACGAAGCAUCUGGAAGUUGUCGGAAAGAGAUUCGUUUCUCAAAUGAUCAAGAAGCACGCAGAGUCAAACCAACCAAUCUCUUGCAUCAUAAACAACCCUUUCUUCCCGUGGGUUUGCGACGUUGCUGAAGAACACGGUGUUCCUUCUGCUCUCUUAUGGAUUCAGUCAACGGCAGUCUUCACCGCUUACUAUCACUACCACCACAAACUGGUUAGCUUCCCUUCACACGAUCAACCUUACAUCGAUGUUAAUUUACCUUCCGUUACUCUCAAACACAACGAGAUCCCAGAUUUCUUGCACCCUUUCAGUCCCUUCCCGAUUCUGGGAACAGUCAUAUUAGAACAGUUCAAGAACUUGUCCAAACCCUUCUGCAUCUUGGUGGACACAUACGAGGAGUUAGAGAAGGAUUUCAUCAGCUUCUUCUCGAAAUCAAUGUGCAUAAGGCCCGUGGGCCCGUUGUUCAAGAACCCGAAAGCAAGAAUGGGAGGAAGUAACAUUCGUGGAGACAUGAUAACAAAGUCAGAGAACUGCGUUGAAUGGCUGAACUCGAGAGAACCGCGUUCGGUGGUUUACAUAAGCUUCGGGAGCUUGGUGUACCACCCGCAGGAGCAAAUAGACGAAAUUGCCCAUGGGCUUUUGGAGUCUGAGGUGUCGUUUUUGUGGGUUUUGAAGCUGCCACCUAAGGACUGGAACGUGAAGCCACAUGUUCUUCCAGAAGGGUUCGUUGAGAAAACUGCUGAAAGGGGAAAAGUGGUUCAAUGGAGUCCACAAGAGGAGGUUCUGUCUCAUCCUUCUGUGGCGUGUUUUGUCACUCACUGUGGUUGGAACUCUACAAUGGAAUCACUGGCUUCUGGUGUUCCAAUGUUGACUUUUCCUGCCUGGGGUGACCAGAACACCAAUGCCAAGUUCAUCGUCGAUGUUUUUGGCGCUGGGAUCAGGUUGGGUUAUAGCCAAGCAGAGAAUAAGAUCGUUAACAGAGAUGAGGUUAAGAAGUGUUUGUUAGAAGCCAUGGUUGGGGAAAAAGCAGAGCAGUUGAAGCAGAACGCGUUGAAGUGGAAGAAGGCGGCUGACGAUGCUAUCUCUGACGGUGGUUCUUCUGAUCGGAAUCUUGAUGCCUUUGUUGAAGAUAUCAAGAACCGUGGUGCUGCUGCUCUUAAUGUCAUUAGCAGCAUCAACAAUAAUAAUAAUAAUAAUAAGAUUCCAUAUUAAGGGAAUCAUGACUAAUGUUGUUCCUUUUUUAAAAAGAUUUAUUUGUAUUUGUAACAUUUUGUUCUCAUCACCAGAUUGUUAUUAAGUGUUUCUAAUGCAUUAUUAUUGUUGGAAUUAA